AUGCCAACCGGGGAAUCACCGAGCUCAACCCAGGUCGCACCUCCAGUCCCCGAGGCUCUGCGAUGCCAACAGCUGCCUCUGAUUGAUAUGCUGAACAUGGGCAUCCGUGUAUUUGAUUUGAGGUAUGCGUUUGAUCCCACAAACACCUCGAUCAUCUUUUACCAUUCGCAAGGAUUGCUUUCCGAGACCGCCUCACUGGAUAACGUACUCUUUGGAUUCUACCGCUGGCUGGACGAUCAUCCAUCCGAGGCAUUGUUCCUGUCGUUGCAAUACGAGGGCUCAACUGCAAGAUAUGCAUCCAACAAUGCUGCCUUGCAAAACAAGCUGUUCUAUACUCUCACCCAGUGGGAGGAUAACGGUGUGAACUUAUCGCUCAUUUAUAAUUCAAAGGAGAACUUGACAGCGUACAUUGAGGAUUACUAUCAGCCACUCACUCCAUUUGGAUCAAAUGCGACCGAGAACAUUCAAUGGAAAUAUAAUGCCACGACAACAAACCUCAUCAAGGCCGCUGCACAGCAUCGUGACAGUUUGUUCUGGAACUGGGCUUCUGGCACCAACACUCUUAACGCACCCCCAGACUGGCCUCGAACCAUGGCUCUUGGCAACGGAUCCUUGACGCCAUUCGGCGGAGUCAACCAGCGGCUACUGGAGUUCUUCAAGCAGCAAAAAUGCAAGCGACUGGGCAUGGUGAUGUUUGACUUUUUUGAUCAGCCCUCAGUGUUGAUUGACACAUUUCUGCAAAUAUAG